UAACCUUUGAAACACUGAAUCGUAUAAACGAAUUCAAACUUAAACUGUCGCCGUUAAAUGUAAAUUUAUGAUGAAUAUUGUGAAAUAAAGAGUUGAUUGUUUUGUAUACACAUUCUAUAAUGACAUUAUCUCUCAUAGUAUACAAGGUAGAAGGUUGUGUAAUUAGAUCAUAUUUCUUCAGCUGUCAUAUAAUACUUUUAAGAAAUUGAGAAGAAGGGAAAAGUUUUAUUUCUAUAAAAAUUUCACAAACGGAAUUUUACAUCAACUAUCAAGAUGGCAAAGAAAGGCUUAGCAAAUGUAGUAAUAGAAUCAAAUGUGUCCAAUUUUUCGACUACAUCUUCACCAUUACGUAGAAAAUCUAUCGUACAAAAAUCCUUAUCAGCUUUAAAGGAAAAUGAUGACGAAGCAGAACGUUUAGCUUUAAGACGUGAUGCUACAUCAACCAGUACACCAUUAUCUACAAAAGUUAAUGAGAAGAGACGUUCUUUAGGUCUAGGAUUUUUAGCGCAAAUGUCAGAACCUCAAAUGACUGAACUCAUAUCUCAUUGUAUCAAAUUAAACGCUGAAAAUAAAAUUAAUGCUAAAAAUGCAUUUAGCUUAGAAAUGAUAGAUUUUAUGACAUUUAUGGUCACUAAAAGGAAUUCUGAACUUACUAAUUUGCAAGUGGCUAGUACAUCACUGGAUGUAUGCACAAAAAUUUAUGGAUUUCGUGUGGAUGGUAUAUAUACAGAGAUUUUGAAAAUGGUUGGUGCAUUGGAUCGACAAAAGGAUGAUAACUCUAAUAAUGAAGAGCCAAUGCAAUCUGAGAAUACAGAAGAAAAUGGAGAAAAACAAAUAGAAACUCAAGUGAAGAAAAAAAAGAAAAGAACUAAACAUAAGAUUAUUGUUACAGAAGAUGCAAUAAACGGAUCUGUUGAGACCAUGUUACCCUCGCAAAUGAUUAUAGGAUCAGGUGAUCUAUGUUCAUCUGAUAUGCUCUAUCAAAUAGUGUUACCACAUCAUGCAAAUUUAGGCUUUUAUCAUAAUACACAUAAUGAUAUUAUUUUAGAUAAAUUAAAUGAAACAGAAAAAGAGAAUGAGAAUUCUCAGAAAUAUACAAUAUCUGUAAUAGAAAAUUUUUCAGAGUCAGAUAUAUGUUUGAGUUUCUCUGAUUUUGAAUUUUUAAAAUGGUCACCGGAAGAUGAACCGGAAGACAUACAACUGACGCAAGAAAACAAUGAAAAUAGAUUUCAAUUUGAUCUUGAUGCAAGUAUACCUUCUGCCGAUGAAGAAUUUGAACCUAUAGAUUAUUUUAACAUGCAAGAUACCAGUAAUAGAGAUAUGUGUAUGAGAAAUCCGCAAGAAGCAGAAAAUAUAGUAGACUUUCGUAAAGUUAUGGCAGAGCAAAUGCCUGAAUAUAAUAAAACAUCAGAAUAUUCUUUCAUACAGAAAAAUAAUAUAAAUUUAAUUCAUUGGGCAGGCCCUUCUUAUUGGAAAGUUAAAACAUUUAAUAAAUUUUUAAGUAACAGUAAAGUAGUGGAAACUUGUCAUCAGGUAGCACUUAAAAAGAAAAAAGAGAUAGAACUUAAAUAUGCUGAUGAUACAAAGUCUGAUCUCAAACAAAAGUUCUUACCUAGCCAUGGAGGAGUGAAAUUUUUAGUUAGAACAGCCAGAGUAGAUUGGACCGAAGAAAAAAUAACUUUACCAGAAGAUAUACAUUAUGAUGUUUCACAAAUAAUGAAAUUAUAUCUUUGUCCUUUAAUGUUUGCAAAUCCUAGGCAAAAAGAUCUAACGAAGAUCACGCAAUUGGCUGAAGAUAUCGAAGAUUAUGAUUACAAUAAUGAAAACGAUAUGUCAAACUUUUGUCCUGGUAUUGAUGCAGAUUGUGAUAUGCAAGAAAGAAAUGAUUCUGAUGAAUUGAGAGAUGAAAAUAUAGUAGAAGGUCAGAUGGCAUUUACUAAUGAUAACUUAGUAACUGCACCAAUAUUAACAAAUAAAAUCUUUUUACAAUAUCCUUUGCGUGCCAAAAAAAUUGAUAUGCGUCAAUUAAAGAAAACUAUAUGGAAAUCUUUGACUGAAACGUCCAAUAAGAAUGAUACGAAUGAUAUGGAAAAAACAAAUCAAAAUGAGAAUACGAAUAAAAUUAAGGAAUCUAAACAUUUCAACACUGUUUAUAAAACUUUACCCAAUGAACUUUCGAAAGUAAACGUAGAAGCAUUGAGUGUCCCUAUUGCAAUAGUAUCUUUACUGCAUUUAGCCAAUGAAAAAUGUUUAAAACUUUCCUCACUUCCAGAUAUGUCUGAUAUUAUCGUAGAAGGAAAUUAAUGUAUUAGCCUUACUACUAUCUGUAAAUAUAUAUAUAUAUAUCUUAUAUGUAUAACAAUACUUAUUACAAUGUAUAUUUUUUACGAAGGUACAAAUAAAAAUAAAGAUACAAAUAAGAAUAUCAAUAUGUUUUAUACAGUUA